AUGACCGUCAACUACGGCGAGCUGCGGAAGGGCAUGGCCAUCGAGAUGGACGAUGCCCCAUACAUCGUGCUCGAAUACGAACAGCGCAAGAUGCAGCAACGCGCUCCUACUAUGCGCAUUAAGUUCCGCGCGCUUAUUACGGGCAGACAAGUCGAGCGAUCCUUCUCCGGCUACGAUGUUGACUUCAAGCUUGCUGAUGUGGAACGGCGUUCCGCCCAGUACAUUUACGAGGACGACAACCUCUACUACUUCAUGGACACCGACACUUACGAUCAGUUCCCGCUGUCCUCAGACCAGAUUGCCGACGGACUGCAAUUCCUUGUCGAGCAGAUUGAAGUUGACCUAGUGCUGUACCGCGAAAACCCCGUCGCAAUCGAACUGCCAAUAACUGUGAAUCUGGAAGUGACUGAGACGGUGCCCGGUGUGCGCGGCGACACCGCUCAAGGCGGCACCAAGCCUGCCACUCUUCAGACGGGGUUGGUGGUGCAGGUGCCUCUGUUCGUAACCCAAGGUGAGAUGAUCAAGCUCUCGUCUUACACCAAGCAGACCUUGGAACGCGACAGCGUGCUUCAGGACCUGUGGGUCGGAGGCGAAGUCGCCAAUCUUGCCCGUCCUGGUUCGGGGCACGCAUACUUCAGCAUCAGGGAUGGCAAAGCGACCAUGCGCUGCGUCAUGUUCCGCAAUUCGCGUGGCAUGCAUUACCUGGACAACGGCGCAGCCAUCAUACUUCACGGGCGAAUCUCAAUCUACGAACAGCGCGGCGACUUGCAGGUCAUCGCCGAUAUCGUCCAACCCGAGGGCGUCGGCGAGCUUCAAUUGAAACUGGAGCAGCUCAAGCUGCAGCUAGAACAGCAGGGCCUUUUCGACGAGUCGCGCAAACGCACGCUUCCCCAAUUCCCUAAGAAGAUUGCGGUCGUAACAUCACCCACCGGUUCCGUAUGGCACGACAUCCAAAACGUGAUACGACGCCGUUAUCCACUCGUCGAGCUUGCCAUCGCGCCCGCUCCCGUGCAGGGCGAGGAUGCUGCACCUGCAAUCGCCGAGGCCCUGCAAGCGGCUGGCGAUGAAUCGGGCGCUGACAUCGUUAUUGUCGCGCGCGGCGGAGGUUCGCUCGAAGACCUGUGGGCAUUUAAUGAGGAAGCCGUUGCGCGAGCGAUAUUCGCUUGCCCCAUUCCGGUCGUCAGCGCAGUCGGCCACGAGACUGAUUACACCAUAGCUGACUUGGUAGCGGAUCUGAGGGCUCCCACGCCAUCCGCCGCAGCCGAACUUGUGGUUCCCGACAAGGUAGAGUUGAUCGCAUUCGCAUUAGGUGCGGCGCAGAGUAUGGAUGCUUCAAUUUCGCGCCAACUCACAUCUGGCAUAGACGCCGCAAGCCAACUCGAAAGACGCCUUCACAACGCCCUGCCUGACCUGGACAUGUUAAGGCUGCGAAUCGACGAUCGCCUCAGGAGCGCACGCCAGAUGCUGAUGCACAUGCUCCGUCUCAACUCGGAGCGAACGCAAGGACUCAGGCUUCGUCUUGAUUCGCUCAGCCCCCGUGACACCCUACGGCGCGGCUACGCUAUCGUGCAGCGCACGGAUGACAGCAGCGUAAUCAGCGAACAUACACAAGCAUCCGCUGGCGAUCCUAUCAACAUUACGCUCACAAACGGCAUAAUUGAGGCGGAAGUUACGUCCACAAGAAACGGGCAGCAGGAGCGAUAA